AUGUCAAAUGAAAGAACCUAUUACAAUAGUUCAGGAGGACAAAUCAGGCUUCCCACAAAGCUCAAGCCACUGUGUCGAGCAAACUGGUCUAGUCUCCCAGUUGGCAAGUCCUCUACUGCUGCCUAUCUCUUGUUUUUCAGAAGGAUUACAGGAAAAAGGGGGAAAAGGGAAAAAGAAAGUAGCAUUCUAUCUGCUCCAAUCAAAUCUCAAGAGCAAGAUAAUGCCAGCAGUCAAUGGCAUGUUGCUUUGCAGGACACCUAUUAUAAAGAAAAUGCACUACGAUAUAAAGGAUUAGCAUGCCACCAGCACGAACCAUUAACAGAUGCCUCAGAAAGAAUGUCACUCUCCAAGCUUGAGAGAGCUCAAAGGGAAAAGGCAAGUCAGCACAAAUCAGUAACAGCUCUGGGAUAUAAUAAGUGCCCCUCUAGAAUAACAAUCCAGAAACAGAGUGAUUCUACCAAAUUGGUAUCAGUCAAGCAAUCGGAAUCGGCAGCUCAGAAAAUAAAGAAUUUUACAGUUAACUUAAUCAAUGUGAUAUUGGAGGUUUCAUAA